AAUUGUUAUUCUACCCCUCUUUUUAGUAGGUUUUCUUUCUUCCUUCCUUUCUUUUUCUUUUUCCUUUUCUUUUCUUUUCUUUUCUUUAUUGCGCCAUGAGCAUCUUUUUAUGAUGGAUACCGGCGCAUUACAAAUGUUCAUAUUAUUAUUACCUACCAUCCUAACUCUGAAAGUUUAUGGAUCUAGUUCAUACAACUUGGGAUAUAAGAGUAAUCAAGUAUCACUGAACAUCCCCUGUGAGUUUCAGGUCACAAAACCAAGGUCAAAGGUCAGUUAAGGUCAAUAAACUUAGGCCAUGUUGGGGUAAUUGUUGAAUUGCCAUCAUAACUUUGAAAGUUUAUGGAUAGAGUGAAUGAAAUGUGGACAUGGGUGUAGUUGACAAGUCUUAAGUCACCGUUCAAAUGUCAUUUAUGGUCAAUGAACGUGGUAUUAUGUCAUUAUAUGAAUGGUGUUUUUGUGAAUGAUUAUUUAAUAGUAGUUUUCAAAGUUAGCACUGCUGCUAUAUUAAAUCGCGUAAUGCAGGCGCGAGACUGCCAGAGGCGUUCCACUUGUUAUGUAUAGGAAUAACUUUAGCAACUUUCAGACCUUGAGGUACAAUACCCUUUUCAAUACAUAAAUUAAAAAUACAGCAAAGUGGUUUAGAAAUAGCAUGUAUAACUCUUUUGACAACAGUGCAAUCAAUAGAGUCAAAACCAGGAGCUUUUCCAUUUUUAAAAGAUGUAACAAUAUUAAUUAUUUCUUUUUCUGUAAUAGGUAAAAAAUAAGCUGUGUAGGGACAACUUUUACCCAAGAAUGAUUAAAAGUUGUUGCAAGAGUUACUAUUAUUCAUUCCAGCUAUUUCAUGACCAAUAUUCUUAAAAUAAUCAUUGAAACCUUCAGCGAUAUUCUUGGAUUCACUAAUAAGUGUACCGUUACAUUGGAAUACAGAGGUGUUUUUAUGGAGUCUUUUUCUUUGUAACAGAUCAUUAAUUGUUUUCCAUGUUUUAUUAAUGUUUCCUUUAAACAUAUGAAACUUAGAAAAGUAGUAAUCUCUUUUUGCAUCACGUAUUUGUUUUGUAUAAGAAUUUCGAAAUUUAGUAUAACAUUCUUUUCUGUGUGAUGUAGGAUUUUUAAUAUACCUUUUAUAUAAAUUAUUUUUUUAGAACACUUCUGUUUAAGUUUUUUGUUAAACCAUGGUUUAUGAUUUUUUCUUUAUUUUUAAUCUUCUGAGAGGAAAACAUUUAUUAUAAGUCUCCGAAAAAAACUCCAUAAAUUGUUUAUACAUAUAAUUUGGCUCAUCCUGAUAUCUGCAAAGCAGAUUAUCAAAAUCAGUUGAAGAUAAAACAUUCAGAAAACAGUCAAUAUUGAUAUCAUUAAUUUGAUGUUUAUAUGUUACAGGUUCAUUUUCAUAUAUACCUUUAAACUCAAACAUGGCAAAUAUUGGCAAAUGAUCAGAUAUGUCACAGGUUAGUAUUCCUGUGGAAAUAUUGCACAUACUAUUUGUAAAUAAAUUGUCAAUCAAUGAAGCUGUGGAGUUAGUUAUUCUUGUUGGUUUUGUAAUACAAGGAAAAAAGCAAUAUGAGUAAAAUAAUUCAAGCAACUCAUUACAAGAACUCUGUACAUCUAAUUUCAUUAAAUCAGUAUUAAAGUCUCCAAGAAAUAUACAUUCUUUUUUCUCAUUAUGAACUGUAGACAAAAUAUUUCCUAAAGUAUGCAUAAAAUGUGCAUGUGAUUGAUCAGGUGGUCUAUAGAAGACACCAACAAUAAUGUUCUUUCCUGGUUUUAAAAUUUCAAUAAAAAGGCUUUCACAAUGACAAUUAAAUACUGAGAUGUCAUUACGCAUGAUGUAUCUUACAUCAUUUCUAAUGGCAAAUGCAACUCCUCCUCCUUUUCUAUUAUUUCGUGAUUUACUCUCAGUCUUAUAUCCAUCGAUAUUAAAUUCACCUUUUUUACCAUUGUCCAACCAUGUUUCAGUAAAUGCUAAAAGACCAAAAGAAUUAUUUAAAUGUGACAGUAGAGACGUUAUAUCAUCAUAGUGUUUUGGCAAGCUACCACAAUGUAAAUGCAGGAGUGAAAAACCAUGUGUUUUACCUGAGUUUUCAUUUAAAAAGUCUUCUGGUGUUACAUAUAUACAGUCAUUAUCAGCCUCUUCCUGUAAUAUAUAACUCUCAUCGUUCACAACAGGUAUUGACAGAGCAGAAUGCUAGGUACAUCUAACAGUGACAUUAUAAUUAUGUAUCUAAGAGUAAAACAACAGGAAAAGGAUGUAAAAAUGCAGUGCAAAUAUUGAAUAACAGAGACAUCAAACCUUAAUCUUUUAGUAACAAAUAGUGAUGGCAUGCAGAAUUGGUAGCAUACGUAAAGACAAAAACAACAGCGGUAUGAAUACAUUGCAGUAUCUGGGGGAACAGUCAUAAAAUUAAUCUCUUAAAUUACAAGUCCAGAAUUACAUGUAAGAGAUUACAAAUGUUUUGAUUUUUUGAUGAAUUGAGAAGGGAAUCAAAGAUUGCCAGUGGAUAUCUGCAUAAUAAUAAAGGUAUGAUUUAUAUUAGGAAAGCAAGAUGAGGCAUUUGAAGAGUCACUAUGUCAGACGGGCAAGAUCUGCUUCUGUAGAGAUGACGAGUGUUACUGUCUUGCCACCACUUGCUUUAACUUGGGCAAAGAUUCUUCCAUCAUAGGUCCAUGCAUUAAGAACAUUGUUGUUAGUCAUCUUCACACUUUUGUAGACUUUACGGUACAGCGAUUGAUUUUUCAUAGUCAGGUCUUCUUGUAUGGAUAUGCGUGAUCCUUUCAAGUUUCUGCGUGAUGAAAUGACCUGCUUUCUAACACGAUAGCUACAGAACUUAACUAUCAGUGCGCGAUGUUUUCCAGGAUCUGGAUCCGUCUUUCCUACGCGAUGACAUCUUUCGAUGUCAGCUGACGUUACGUUGAGCUUCAAUCGCUUCUGGAAUACAUCAGUGACAAGUUGGUCAGGAUUCUCUCCUCGAAUCUCGGGGAUUCCAAAAAUCCUGACACAGUUGCGGCGGGAAUACUGCUCAAGAUCGUUGUUCGCUCUCUUCAGGGUAUCCAGCUGCUCCUGUUGUGACUGCACAAAGUUUUGAAGCUUCUCCAUGGCCUUCUGGUUCUCCUCCAUCUUAACUUCCAGUACAUGUAUGAAACCUCGAUUUUCCUCUGUGUAGUCUACGAGUCGUUGGUACGUAGCAUCUACAAUUGAUUGUAUCAUCAAUUUUAUCCUGUCUAGAAAUGAGGAAUUAGUCAGUAGAUCAUUCAUUACAGUUGUAACUAUAGACUCUGUACUAUGCGAUGUUGUCGGUGAAUAUAGAUUUUCCUCAAUGUGUGCUUUUUCUGGAGUCCCACUCUCUUGCUCUUCAUGGACAUGGGUAUCCGAAGAUGUUCCAGUCUUUUUCUUUUUUGUUUUAGUCAUAUUGAACGAAUGUACAUGAAGAACAGUAGAUGUUUAUAUAUAUAUAUUUGGCAAGAUAGAUUGACAGAAGAUUAAAAUCGUAGAUUAAUAUGGAGUCUGAUUUCUAUAAGUCUCUGCAGAAUGACAAGCAGCCGAUGUACAUCUACGCUCAAUGGGUAAUGCACACACAGAAGUCAAUACGUGGGACACGUAGGAAGAUCACAUAACGGAAGCACAAUACAGACGGUUAAAAAGCAUAUAUCAUCAUACCAGUUUGUUGCUGAAAUUAUCUAGGAGGAUCCUGGCAGUUGAUUGAACAGGAUAUUUACAUUAUCAGAAGUAUAAAAGGCGAUGAGAAUGAGGAAAAGAGGAAUCUUUGGAGGAUCUAAUCAAACAUGUCGUCGCGGUCGUCGUCGUAGUUAGAAUGAUUAAAAUUCAAGCAUUAUUUUAAAUGAACAGAACUUUGUUAUUUCCGGAUCAUUUGCUGUGAUUGAGGCUGAUAGAAUGAUUGAUAUGGGUUUUGAGCCCGACGUUCAAAAGAUUCUUGAAUACUUACCAGUGACCAAUCAGAAACCAGAUACAGAAGAGGCAGAAGAUGCUACCAAACUUCUUGCAAACUUUGCCUCAAAGAAGAAAUACAGACAGACUGUGAUGUUCACGGCCACCAUGCCUACGGCUGUAGAGCGUGUAGCACGAUCUUACUUGCGCCGACCUGCAGUGGUAUACAUUGGUUCAGUUGGAAAACCUGUUGAGAGUGUACAACAAAUAGUUUACAUGACAACCAAUCAAGAGAAGAGACAUAAACUGAUACAGCUUCUUGAGAAGGGUAUAGAUCCUCCUGUACUUAUCUUUGUCAAUCAGAAGAAGGGUGUUGACGUCCUUGCAAAGAGCUUAGAAAAGAUGGGCUUCAAUGCAACUACUCUUCACGGAGGUAAGAGUCAAGAGCAGCGUGAGUAUGCCCUGGCAUCCCUGAAAGCAGGAUUGAAGGAUAUCUUAGUAGCAACGGAUGUAGCUGGUCGUGGUAUUGACAUCAGGAAUGUUUCUCUCGUCAUUAACUUUGAUAUGGCCAAGAAUAUUGAAGGUAAGAUCACAAACACAAUACCAUUUUAUCUAUUCUUAGGUGCAAUAUAUAUAAUCAAGCUGCUGUUUCCAGCUCAAUUUAUACAUUCAAGGAAUCAAAGAUGAUAAUAAUAUGAAUAAUAAGAAGAAGAAUAAUGAUUAUUGGAUAUGGGUCCAUCUGGUUGGGUACAAAAAAUUACAAGAUGUCCAGUAAUGUAGGUAUCAAAUUACAGUGAAGUACAAUUCAGAUGUAGCUCAGAUUUGAUGUGUCAAUGUGAGGAAGGUCUCCUUAAUCAUGUUUGAUCUUGAAAUCUUUUCUGGAUUUGUUGUAGUUCAAAUAAACUUUUUACCAACAUUAAAUGGACAUCACAUUGACUUUUUGGCAUCCUUUUUUUAAUUGUUCUUGCUCACUCAUGCAUAAAUGAGGAAUCAUGCAAGUCAUACCACAUGAAAGAGGAGAAUCUAAGUUUUAACAUGCAAAUGCAUUACUUCGCCAUGUGCAUUUUUUUUUUCAGCUGAUCCACUCACUGCCUAUUAAACCAAAAUGGUUCUAGAAAUUAUUUUCAUUGUGAAAUAAGCCUUGUGGCAUCUGAUAUUAAUCGUUAGUAAUUCCCUGAAUUGCUGCAAUGUUUGGUUAAAAUAUCCAGCAAAAGAAAAGGAGUGUACCACAUUCAAAAUUUGACUUGCAAACUCAACCCAUAUUUUUGCCACCAUUUGAGAUGGGUACAGUACUCAAACUCUAUCUAGGUCAGGAUAUUUUGGGAGUUCAAUGGCUGGGAAGAUCUCGACCACGUGAUCGCGCCGAAAAUUGGCACGCAGGUUGUUUGGGACAUAAUCAACUAAAUUGUAAUUUCAUGCAAAUUGCUAUUAUUUAAGUGAUUAUGCUAAUUUAUGCGUAAUUAGUAUCUGAAAUCAUACUUUUUCCUCUAAGUCCCUAAAUAAAGCUCCAAAUGUUCUUAUUUUUGGUAAAGAAACUCUUUGUUGUUUCUUAGCAAGUGUACAUGAAAUAAAUGCGAUAUCAGGUCAAUUUCUUAAAUGUAUUAUAUUGUUUUUUGCAAUUUCUUUGUUUUGGGGACCUUCUGUUUUUCAUUUUUUUUUUUCAAUGAAAUUUGUUGAGGACUCUUCUGAGAUCAUAAACAGCAUAAAAUAAAUACAUUUUAGACCAGCAAAACUAAAAGUAAUCAUACAUUUAUGAUUUUUGGUUAAAAACACAAUUUGCAUCGACUGAGUACACAAAAUCACGUUUUUGAGCAAUUUUUGGUCAAACAUGCACUUACAUAAUGUUGCGUAAUUUUGGAACCGCGUACCCGGGUGACGCAAAUUGGUCUCAAAAGUUGCGCAAGACUUGAAAGUAAAAAGUCAGUGAGCAACGAGGUAAAAAAAAAUUGUGCGGCAAAAAUAUUGCGCGAAUCGUUGAGGCCCCCCCCCCCCCCUGGAUAGGGUUAAGUCUCAUAAAAAAUUUGAAUAAGAUUUUUUUCAUUUUUGCCAACUACAUGUACAUGUAGAAGCUGAAGACUGCCAAUUAUUGCCGAUGCUGAAUUAAUGAGUUUGCACAUUAUAAUGCCAAAUCACUGAUAAAUCUAACCCUAUACAUGGUUGAGGUUGGUUGAACCAUUUUAUCUAUUCCUUGACGUUGGGUCUCUUUGCUGCUGCUAGUAGAAUGUUUUGGUGUUCAUGUCAUCAUUGCAUACAUGUAUAUAUAGCCAAUAAAGUCAACUUUCAAAUGACACCAAAAAGUUGGAAAACUAUUCAUGCUUGAGUGAGCACUGCCCACUGAAACAAAGGGUAUGAAAAUUAGGGUGGGCAGGAUUAGCCUUCCAAUUUCUUUCAGUUUUUGAGAUGCGAGUCCCUUAGAACGCAAAGUUUAGGGUGUUUUGAUGAAUCAAUUAUCAAGCAUUAUCAAUUUAGGUUUUUUAGAGCAAAUUUCAAGAAUUAUUCAAUUGAAAUUUAAUGCAUGAGUGAUCGUGAAAUACAAUUUUUCACUUUUUCAAGUGGAUCUCAGCAAUGUGUUCAUGGAAGUCAGAAUAGGGAUAGGACUUAGGUGGGGGAAGUAGGUUGGCAGGAUAUGGGUCAACAGAACACUUAACCCCCCCCCCCUCUCUCUCUCUCUCUCUCUCUCUACCCCUUUCACCCCUCCUGAGAGACUAACCUUCGCUAGGGUGAGCAGGAAUUAGCCUUCCAGUUUUUUUAGAGGUGAGUCCUUUGGAACUUGCAAAGUUAAGGGUGUUAUGCUAAAUUAUUGAUGAAUUGAGAUCAGUUUUGGUUUCUUAAAGCUAAUUUCAUGAGUUACUAAAUUGAAAUGUAAUGCAUGAGAAAACAGGAAUUGUAAUUUUAGUGUACAUAGGGGUGAUUCCAUACGUGUCGUACGGGACAUUUAGAGAACAUUUGACAGUUUUUUGACAAGAAAAACAAAAUAUAUUCCAGUAACUAAAGGUGAUCAUCAAGUACUACCAGAGUGUUAGAAAAACCAAGACUUAACAUGACUUGAAUUCACAUCCUGUAUAAUACAGAUUUAAAAUAGUAAUGUGUCGUACGGACGCAGAAAAAGUGGCUUUUUUAGAAACCUCAAGUUUGUACUCUAAAGUCUGUGAGUUGGACAGAUAAUUUUCAUUGAAACUGAACUCAAAUUGAUAUUCAAUUACCCAAGAACAAACACAUCUAUGAAAGAAAGCGAAAUAAUCCUUCAUGAAUAAAUAAAGCAAAUUGCAAUUUUCGAGAACAUUGUGGCGUACGGGACACUCAAAAUGUGUCGUACGGGACAUCUCUAAAUUGAAGCCAAACUUUCUUACUUAAUGUCUCUUUGACUUCUUCAAUCACUUUAUUUGGCUGAUGAUAAUGAUAAUCCUAUCAAACUAAAGACAUUCAUUAUGUUAGAAACCGCUAUUGGCUGAAUAUCAAUGUCAAUUAUCAUAAACAAAAUAAUGUGUCGUACGGGACACUUGUGUGUCGUACAGGACACUUGAGUGUUGUACAGGCACUUGCGUGUUGUACUCGGCAGCCUGAAUAAAACAAUGAACUUUUUAUUAAUCAGAAGGGGAGCAUUGCCCCUAAAUUCUUCCUUUUUAAUGAAAAGUCUUUUAAUAAGUAGUCAUUCAGGACAAUAUAAUUAAGUAACCUCAAUAUAUACAAUCGGAAGCAAUAUGUUAUCAUUUUUUUUUCAUGAUGGGAAAUGUACAAGGGUUCACAGCAUUUUUACGAGCUGAAAAAUUUGAGGUUUUGUGUGAAGUUAUAUUCAGUGAAUUAAUUGAUGAUUUCCAAUACACUAUUUAAACAAUGAAUGAAUGAAACUGUUUGUGUAAAUUAUGGCGCUAAAAUGUUAUCAUUUUUCAUAUAAAAUGUAUAUAUACAUGACAACUGUCACUUGUAAUUCCACAAAAUAUUUUUUUCUAAAGAAAUGCGGUUCUACUUUUUCAGACCUUUCUGCAUUUCAUGAAACCAUAUGGUUUGUCUUAUUUUCCAGAUUUUUUUUACAACUUGAAAAAAGUAAGGAGUUUCAAUAUUGUAUAUAAAAAAGUAAGUGAUCAUCAAGGGAAGUCCAAAUACUAGUAGAUGAUUGAUAUGUAAUUUUUUUUACAUCUUAUAAUAAUUCCACAUUAGCAUGCAAGAGGAAGUCAUCUUCCAGGCUAGGGUGAAUCAAUUAUAAAGGUUUUCUUUUCAUGCUCAAUGACAAAGAAAUUAACCUGCUCUGACCAAAGAAAAUCACCAGUUUAGCUGGAGGGAUUCACAAAAGAAUACGCCUACAUGAAAUCAAUUAAAAUGGUUAGAAUCACCUAUUUCAUGUUCUAUGGAGAUAAAAAAAGUACCUUUUCAGUACACUUUAUGUCAAAUCAAUUACUUGAAUUGAAAUAGGUCUACUAUUUAUAGUUCCUGAAUCCAAAUCAUGUAAUUAAAUGCAUUAUGUAUUGUGUGUCGUACGGGACAACUAUUAAUAGGACAAUUAUUGAAAAAUGAAGGACAGUAAUUAGAUCCUUAUGGGAUAAAUCGAUCACCCAUGGGUCAAAGAUAGAGAAACUGAUUUUGUGAAAUUGCAUCAUCAAAAAAAAAAUUGUUGGAAAAACUUUUGCACUUUCAUGUGUCGUACGGGACAUUGCCAAAAAUAGGUUCGGAAAAAUCAGGGCUGCCCCUAUUAUGGAUCAUGAAAAUGUUGUAGAUAUUAUUUGGAACAUUCAAUGAUACAUUAUUCCAUUGACCUGCAAUAUUUUCAGUCUUCUCGUGCUUUGCCAAUAAUUGUUUCAGGCAGUGUUUGUACUUGACUAUUUAAUCAGCAAAAUUAUUGAAAAUUGAAAAUUCCAUUGUUCCCCCUAAAAAAACUAUAUCUGACUUCACUUUUGGUUAAAAUUCAUUAUUUUCAUAAAAUGUAGGUAUCAUAGUAAAAUAUUACACUACUUAUGACUUAUUGAAAGCAUGUUGAAAUUUAUGAUAUUUUUGAAGUUCUAGUGUGGAAUCGCCCAUAGCAUUUUUAGUUUAUUAUGUGGAUCUUAGCAAGUGUGCUUGCGAGAGUCAGAGUAAUGUGAUGGUACCUGUUACAUGCAAGGGGGUGAGAUAGGGUAAGACUGGGUUAAAGGGGCAUUCUUCUUUGUGUUCUCCAUCCCCUUUCUUUCUCCUGGAUGGUAUUUAAAACUGAAAUGCCAAGUGAAUUAUGGUUGACAGGUCUUUCUUUUCCAUUGAAGGAUUAUUAAGAACUUGACUAAUUAUGAUGAUUUAUGAAAUAAUUAAUUGAAAAAGCUGAAUGUUUGAUUGAUAAUUUAUUGAAAAAGCUGAAUAUUUGAUUGAUCACAUUGAUUGAGUUGAUUUACUAACAGAUUGUUGAUUGAAUAAUUGAUAGGUAAAAGUUAAUGACCUAAUUUUCAGACUUUAUUAUAAAAUUGACAGUCCGCUCUGCACUUAAUGCGUACAUGUAAUAGCAAUCAGUCUCAAUGAAUGUCAACAGGAGGGGGGAGGGGCAGACCUGUGGGAGGGAGGCUAAACGUUAUGUUGACCCUUUUCCAAUCAGCUUACUUCACCCACUGAAGUCCUUUCUUACCCCUAUUCUCCUGACUCCAAUGAACACACUGCUGAGACCCACAUUGUAAAGUUAAAAUGCUGCACUAAAGGUUGCAAUUCACGCUCACUCAUGCAUUUAAUUUCAAUUUGAUAAUUCAUAAAAUUUGCUCUUACAAUUUAAAUUGAUAAUGAAUGACCAUUAAUUCAUCACAAACACCCUCAAGUUUGCAAGUUCCAAGGGACUCGCCUCUCAAAAACUGAAAGAAAUCGAAAGGCUAAUUCCUGCCCACCCUAAUUUUUAUACCCUUUGUUUAAGUGAGUGGUGCUCACUCAAGCAUUAAUAGUUUUCCAACAUUUUCGUGUCAUUUGAAAGAUGACUUUAUUGGCUUCCCAUAUAUAUAAGUCCCCCCAAAGUGAUAUACUUUUUAUUUGGCAGCCAUUUCAAAACUGUAUAGUUUUUUUGGGACGCACUGUAUUUCAUUGAUUACGAAACCAGGCGAGACUCUUUGUGUAAUAUGUAAUUUCUAUGUAAAUGCACUACUGGUAUGAUCCCAAUCUUGCCUAAGAGAGACACAACUUUUGUGCUUCAUAUUUUUCAGGUGCAGAGAUUUGAUAUCUCACUGAUUGUUAGAGAGAAUUCUUGAAAAUAAUUAUGAUUUUAGUCUGGAAAAUGCUGAUGUACAUUGCUUCAUUUUUUGUCUCGCCGACCAGAGGUGAAGGCGAGACUUAGGGAUCCAAAUGUCGUCCGUCGUCCGUCACAAACCUUAUGACACAUAACUCCACAACCGUAAGUCACAAUUAACCAAAAUUGGGUAAUAGAUGGACUUGGAGGACCUGCAUGUUAUGCUGCAGUCGGAGGUCACAUGGUAAGGUCAAAGGUCAUUUUCAGGUCAAUGUUAAAGUUUACAUGCAAGACUCUCUUAUGACGCCUAACUCCGCAACCGUAAGUAACUUUUCAACCAAACUUGGAUGGUAGAUGGACUGGGGGGACCUGCAUGUUAUGCUGCAGUCAGAGGUCACAUGGUAAGGUCAAAGGUCAUUUUCAGGUCAACAUUAAAGUUUACAUGCAAGACUCUCUUAUGACACCUAACUCCACAACCGUAAGUCACUUUUCAACCAAACUUGGAUGGUAGAUGGACUUGGGGGACCUGCAUGUUAUGCUGCAGUCGGAGGUCAACGUUAAAGGUUACAUGUAAGACUCUUAUGACACCUAACUCCGCAACUGUAAAUCACUUUUCAACCAAACUUGGAUGGUAGAUUUACUCAGAGGACCUGCAUGCUAUGAAGUGUUGGGAGGUCACAUGAUAUGGUGAAAGUUCAUUUUGAGGUCAACAUUAAACUUUAUGUGCAAGACUCUUAUGACAAGUGUUGGAUCGUUGACGGAAAGGAACUAUUACAGAUGGCAAAUUCCGCUUGGGAUUGUAUAAGUACAACGAUCAACUGAGCUGGCCUCCGAAGAACCGAUGUAACUGUGUUUAUUCAAUCUAUGGAGUUAUAAGAAAAAAGAGGGAAAAAACAUCCUCAGUUUCAUGACCAUAAAUGUAUCACUGCAUGUUAUGUGGUUUACAUAACUUCCUAAACCAUGAACCAAAUUCAUAUUUGACUUUACAGUCUGAAUUAAAUUGUUUAUGAAAGAUCUGAAGUCUUUGCUUUUACUUUCAUGAUGCCAUGUUUGCAUUAAGUACUUGACAAAUAAAUUGAAUUACUGGUAAAAAUAAUCCUUUAAGUCUGAACAAGUGUCUUCAUUGUUUAACAUAUUUUAGUUAAAGUUUUAGUAUAAUUUCUCAAUCUGUAAACUCCAAAUAUCCCACUUGUGACAUCAUGAGUAAACAAACACCUCAAAUAUAACAAUGGCUAACAUUGCAUCUGAAAUACCUAACGUAAACGUGAGCCAACUGGCAUCAAUUAUUCAUAGUCAGAAAUGUACUUUAUUCUACCUCUGAGGCUUUCUUCUCAUAUGCUGGAUAUUUCAAUUAAUUUCAUAUAUGUAUAAUUAUUUUGAAGAACAAUUUCAUUUUGAUAUUUGCCUAUUUUAUUCCAAUUUGUAUAUUUUUCAUAUGUCUGUAUAUACCAUUUGUAAACUGAAUGUAAUUCAUCCUUUGGCUGCUAUUUUCAGUGAAUGUUGAAAUAAAUAAACCAUUCAAUCAAAAAAAGAAAUGACUGAAGCAAUUGAAAAAUGAUGCCUAUUUGUUGCAUUCAAAAUCUGCCAAAGACAAAUCUAAACGUCUGAAAGAAGACUAAUAUUUGCAUUUUCCUAUCUGUGCAGUUUGCACUUAUAAAAACUAAACAUUUGCUGUGUGCUGUGUGUGCAGGGCAGUGGUUGUGUGUCCUAAACUUUCCUAAAAUUUCACUUUUUGGAGUUUUUAUCUUCACAGUUUUUACUUGUGGCCAGUAUUCAUUCUCAUUUAAGGACCUGGAAGUACUUUUUUAGGGAUAUUCUGAUGUUGAUGAGGAGUUAUAUCCAGCAAUUUUUUGGACAUACUGAGAUACUUAGGUCAGCCAUCUUGGUGUAGUCCCUAUUGCGGGGGGCCGAUAACAUAAAUAAUCAUACACUCACUUAGCUCACAUACACUUCACACCGGGAGAAAGUCCUACCUUUAUCUUGUAUAUUCACUGCUCUCAGGAUGUCUGCUAUAGCCGGGGGCUGAAUGUAGAGUCUUCUUCUUGUGACUGUGUUUGCGUGUGUGUGUAGAUUACCGGUAUGUGUAUUGUACAGCUGACUGCAGAUCUUGUGUUCAUUCCUCCCGCCGGUGGGUCAUGUGACAUUGUGUGCUUAAUUACGAGUACUACUAAUCCCUACUAAUCCCCUAACACCAUACUUCCCCCCACCCUAAAAAAAUUGGGUGGCCCAUUUUCUAUAUAACUUAGCAUAACUUGACAUACUUAACAUAAGGAAUAACCCAACUUAACAUAUAAAGGAAACCCUAAACAUAAAAUCAUAAAAUAUACAUCAACGUACAUUUGGUUUUUCCUUUUUU